AUGGACCACGUCAAGACUGUUUCGAACAGCAUUCAGAUCGCCAACGGUGUCCUCGCCACCCUUACCGUCAACGCCGAGAAGAUGAAGACAGCCCUCGACCCCUUCAUGCUAGCUACUAAUGUGACUGACUACCUUGUCCGCAAGGGCGUGCCGUUCCGUGAGACUCACCACAUCGGGCCGAUGUGUGGCCAAAUCAAGGCUAUUGAUGAGCGAUUCGAGGAGGAUAUUGCUGACGUCUUCAACUACGAGACGAGCGUCGAGAGUCGAUCGGCCAAGGGCGGCACCAGCAAGGCCACGGUUCUGGAGCAAAUUGAGGUUCUCAGGAAGAUGCUUGCCGGAACCUUGUGA